CUCCUCCAAUUCCUCUGUCGACCAGAGCCAGCCAGUCCUUCGUCUAGAUAGACAUCCCCUCAAGCAAGCAAGCAAGCAAGCAACCCGCUUUCUAGACUCAAAAAAAUCAACCCGAUAUCCCUCGUCAAACUCCACGAUUCAAAAAGCAAUGGCUCCCAUCACCAAGUCUCUUGCCCUCGUUGGCUCCCUGCUUGCGGCUUUCGCCUCGGCCGCCCCCGUCGACAAGCGCGACCAAGUUGUUGAGAUCGAGACCGUCACCUCUGUUGUCUGGACCACCGUCGACGUGACCACCACCGUCACUGUCGAGCCUACUGCCACCAACGACGCUGUGAACAAGGUCGCCGAUCACACCCAGGCGCACCACAGCUCCCACCACAGCUCCCACGCUACUUCCACGACUGCUGGAUGGGAACAGCCCAUCUGGACCGCCCCCGCCGUGCCCUCUUUCACCUGGACCCCCGAGGUUCCGCAGUGGACCACCAGCGUCGCGACUUCGACCACUGAGCAGUGGCACGCCACCACCACUUCCUCCACCACUUCCACGACCUCGGCCUGGACCACCACCACCACCUCUUCUUCUUCUACCUCCACCACCGCUGCUGCCGCCGCUACCACCAGCGCUAGCUCCUCCGGCUCGAGCUCCUCUGGCGUCUGCUCCGAGUCCUCGCCCUGCAGCGGAGACAUCACCUAUUACGAGGUCGGUCUGGGAUCCUGCGGUGAGACCAACACCGACAGCGAGCACGUCCUGGCCCUGUCCCACACCAUCAUGCAGAAGAGCUACUGUGGCAAGACGGUGACCAUCAACUACGGCGGCAAGACCGCCACCGGUACCAUCGUCGACACCUGCAUGGGUUGUACCGAGGGUUCCAUCGAUCUGUCCUCGUCGCUGUUCCUCGAGUUGGCCGAACUGGGUGCCGGCCGUGUCAGCGGUGUCGACUGGUACAUCCAGUAGAUGUGUGAAGUGAAGGAAAUGUGAUUUACGGAUAGAAUGAUUACCCUGCUGCCAGUUUUUUUUUAUUUUCUUUUUCCGUGUGCAUACCUUUUUGUUGAAAUACAUGGGAGAAUGGAACGAACCCGUCGCGGCGCGAUGGUCUGAAUAGAUUGCAUUC